AUGCAGAGUUCUCGGCAGACGGCGUACGGAGCCCUGCCCGUCGUCGACGACCAUCAGAUGGGCGCUGAAUCCAAGAUCGGCUCGGUGCCCGACUAUCCCGAGGAGAAGCCUCAACGCCGUUCCCAGCCUCGGCCGCAGACUCUCGACAAGCCGUGGGUGACACGAUGCAGACGGGUGAUUGUCGACCUGGUUCUCGCGGCCUUGGCGUUGCUUUUCGGUGUAUUCGGGCUCUGGGCGUACAGCGUGAACGGAAGCACCGCCGGGCCCGGGUCAACCGGCGUGAUGCUGGUCAGGGUGUCUCAAUACGCGCCCACCAUCUUCCCUGUCCUCUUCGCUGCCAUUGCCGGGGCGACGAUGAAGAGCGUCGCGUCGUGGCGGAUGCAGGCCAGUCAAGGCGCGACUCUCGGCUCGCUUGAACAGUGCCUUGGGAGUCAAACGAUAUCGCGGGCCUUCACGACGCAGAUCAACCUUCGAACCUACAACUUGCUCGGCCUAUCCAUCGUCGCCCUCUGGUGUCUGUCUCCCUUGGGGAGUCAGGCGUCUCUCCGAGUGAUAUCCGUUAUACCCAAGAGCGAAAUCGACUUGAGGAUGCUGAGCACCGUCGACACGUUUGGUGACUACAGUAGCGAUUACACUAUCCGAACAGUCGCGUCCGAAGGCGGUGAAGUUGUCGAAAUGACUGUCCCUACCGCCGUGGUCACUUCCCUGAUGGCGGUUAAGUUCCUGAUGAGCCGCAACCAGGACAUCUGGGGAAACGUACGUCUUCCCGCAAUCGAAAACCUCGAGAAAGGCGGCAAGUCCGGCGGCGAUUCCGGCUGGAUCGAGCUUUUGGGCCACGACCCUAUCGAGUACGCGUCUCUCAUCGGCACGCCAGUGGCCAACCUGGCCACGAAAGGCAACACAUCCUUUGUCCUUCCCGGCUCCUACUUGUCCCUCUCUUGCCCAACGAUACGCCUCGUCUCGAAUCAGACUGUUCUGAGUAACUGGACCAGCAACCCGCCAGCCAUAAUUCCGGAACUACACGAGAACCGGGCCGACUGCGAGUGGGCGAUUGGAAAAAGUGCCUUACCCCAGUAUCAGGUUGCUAUCUCUCGUUCGUGUGGCGAACCGAAGGACCAGGUCAUCACCGCUGAGCGGGUUCCAAACGCCCGAAAGCUCAUAUGGGAAUCCAACUAUCUACUAGAUAACUAUGACUAUGAAAAGAUCCCUCCCGUCAUCAGCCGGGCCGAGUGCGACAUGACCACGACGCACACUGAGACGCAGGUGACGUGCAUCGAAAGCCUGUCCGGCGACUCGUCCGGGAGCAUCUGUAACCCGCGCGCCGUCCGGCGCUCUCCCAAUCCCCCGUUCCACGGCAACUGGACAGUCUUCGACAAGUCGUAUGGCACGGAUGCACCCGUGCUGGAGUCUCUCACCAAUUUGUUCCCGCUCCUCGCGUUCUCCAACUUCACCCGACAACCGGUGCUCGUCUACCUGACGAACCCCUUCCGCGCGGUGGGGGGCGAUGAUCUUGGUCCGGUCUAUAACACGACUGACCGGGCCACGUUCGAACUCUCCCUAGCGCAGAUUUUUAACUCAAUCCUCUACGUCGGGAUCGAUGGGCCAACAUUUACGGGGUCGUUCAAUAGAUCAGACCCUGAUCGAGGCACUCGUUCCAGCCAUUACAACGGGUCAACCAGAGGGGGUGAAUAUGAUCACAUGCUCAACAUCACCGGCGACGUGACCUCUCGGCACGACGUCGUCUACUGCGACCGGGCCUGGCUCGGCGUGCUCAUAAUCUCGUCCCUGGCCGCCUUCCUCUGCGCGAUCGCGGGCGCCGUCCUGCGCAUGAUGACGCUCACGCCCGACGUGCUCGACUCGACGUCGAUAGCUCUUCUGCACAACCGGGUCGGUGGACUGGAGGGCUCCUCUGGAUGGUUGUCUGACGAAUGGGUCAGGCACUUCAAGGACGCCAGGCUACGCCUCGGCGACGUCGAGCCGGCGGCCGAGGUUGGGCGGAUUGGCCUGGCGACUCUGGACGACGGAGCCGUUGGCGUAGUAAAGAGUGGAAGGUAUUACAACUGA